GCCGUGUCCACAAGGUGUGCGUCUGUUAUGAGCACAUUUCCCAGGGUUCCCUGUGUGGUUGUCUGUCUUCCUGCUUUUCUGCUUUUAGUCUGACUGCAGUGAUUAUUCCCACAUAAAGGCCACUCACAAAGGCCUUGGCCAUGCCUCCCCUCCCUUUCUUUCUGACACUGCUACAGCUCGCAAUAGUUACUUGUAUGACUGCUGGGGCAUACUAUGGACACAAGCAACACCCUCAGCAAUACCAGCCGGUGCAACACCACCAACAAAUGGGCAAAGAAGGCUUUCCCCAACAACAGUACCUUGGCAAAGAGGUGCCGUAUAUGCAGUAUCCCCACUACAGGAAGGAGAUUCCCCAGAUGCCCAUGCACAAGGGCAAAGGCAAUGCUCAUAAAGGAGACGGCUAUAAUGGGGGCCAAGACAAAGGUCAGACAGUCCCUAGUGGCGCUGAGGGGAUUCCCCAAGGAGAGCCUGGCCUAGCCGGGCCACCUGGAGCUGAGGGACCCGCAGGACCUCCUGGACCUUCAGGGAAUGGACAGCCCGGACCCGAGGGACGACCAGGACCAAUAGGUCCACCAGGGGGGCCUGGAAUUGGAAAACUAGGUUUGCCAGGACUUGCAGGCAAGCCAGGAGGAAGUGGUGAGCCUGGACCACAAGGAGAAAUGGGCCCUAGGGGUGAGGAAGGGCCAGCUGGGCAGACAGGGCCUCAGGGUCCCCCAGGACCACCUGGGCUGCCAGGAAUAGGUAAACCAGGGGGACAGGGAUUACCUGGCCAACCAGGUCUCAAGGGAGAGCCAGGUCACAAAGGGUUGCCAGGACUACCAGGAUUACCAGGACCCAAAGGAGACAAAGGGAUAGGCCAGCCAGGACAACCUGGUCACAAAGGGCUCCCAGGGACCCAAGGACCUGCUGGCCCAAGAGGGCUGCCUGGUUUUGGAAAACCUGGUUUGAAUGGGGCACCAGGGCCACUCGGACCAUCAGGAGAUAAAGGUCAUCCUGGGGAGCUAGGACCAGCUGGGCCACCUGGGGAAGGAGGACAGCGUGGCCCACCAGGUCUACCGGGUCAUGGAAAACCCGGUCAAAAUGGCCUGCCAGGACAGCCAGGCAUGCCAGGUGGGAAAGGUCAUCCAGGACCACCAGGUCUGCCAGGAAAGCCAGGACUUCCUGGAUUUGGUAAACCAGGGUUCCUAGGACCAAAAGGUGAUAAAGGUAUGGGUGGACAACCUGGACCUUCAGGACCAAAAGGAGAUAAAGGCUACGGGGGCCUGCCUGGUAUGCUUGGACCACCUGGACCAAAUGGUCCACCAGGUCCUCCUGGCCCUCUGGGAACCCCAGGUGGUUUAGGUGCACCUGGUUCUAAAGGAGAUUGUGGAGAAGUAGGACCUAACGGGCUUGGAGGAGACCAGGGUAACCCUGGUGCCUCUGGGAUACCUGGUAAGGAUGGUCUGCCUGGAGAUCGUGGAGAGCCAGGACCAAGAGGUCCACCAGGACCGGGUGGAACGAAAGGAGAUGGAGGGCAUAAAGGUCUACCUGGUAACCCUGGAUCUCCAGGACUUCCCGGGCCAAAAGGACAAGGUGGAUUACCUGGUGCAGUGGGACCUCAAGGUCCUAAAGGAAUCCCUGGAAUGGAUGGCACUGCAGGACCAAUUGGGCCUUCUGGUCUCCCAGGUUUAAAAGGAGAUGGCGGUGUUCCUGGUCCACCAGGCAUUGCAGGUGAGGGAAAUUCGGGUCUUCCUGGUCCCAUAGGACCCCAAGGGAAAGAGGGACCAUCAGGGCCAACUGGACAACGUGGUCAGCCUGGCCUACCUGGACCACCAGGCCCAACUGGUGCAUCGGGUCUGUCCCCUGAGUUCGCUGGAGUGCUCUCUCAAAUGGGCCCUGAACUAGAUGGUGUUAAGACUGGCGGCUAUGGAAAGAAGGGAAAGUAUGGAGGCAACGGGGCAGAAGCAAUGGGGGCCAGUGGGCUGGAAAUGCCAGCGUUCACAGCUGUAAUAACCACUCCCUUUCCACCUGUGGGCACUCCAGUCGUCUUUGACAAGCUCUUGUACAAUGGUCGCCAAAACUACAACCCGGAAACAGGAAUCUUCACCUGUGACAUGCCCGGCAUUUAUUACUUUGCCUACCACGUUCAUUGCAAAGGAGCUAAUGUCUGGGUGGCUUUAAUGAGGAACAAUGAGCCAGUGAUGUAUACAUAUGAUGAAUACAAAAAGGGUUUCUUAGAUCAAGCAUCAGGAAGUGCAGUACUACCUCUACAACCGGGGGACACUGUGUAUAUUCAGCUGCCCUCAGAUCAGGCCUCAGGACUUUAUGCUGGACAGUAUGUGCACUCCUCAUUCUCUGGAUAUUUGUUAUAUCCAAUGUGAAGCCACAAACUACAGAGAUAGAGGUACUUCUAUGAGAUCAAAGUGGGAGCCUAUUUUGUAUAAUAUAAACAUUAUUAUAAACCACCAAAGACUUAGCAGUCUUAUAUAAUGGUAAAUCAACAAAAUAUUGAUCUCAUCAGCAGAGAUGAGAGGACAAAUCAGAAGCCUGAAGGUUUGUAUGUGCAGCAGCUGUUAUACUUUAUAGCCUUAUAGCAACAUAAUUUGGAGAAUAAUGUUUCUUUCUUUUACAGCUUUGAAAAUAUAAUAUAUAAAAAGGCAUUAAAAGAAGAGACAAAAAACGAUUUGCAUUUUGUACAAACAUAUGAAAGGGAAGAAGGGUACAUGUGAAGUGUAUGCAAAAAAACAACAAAAAAAACAAUUCUAGUUACGCAAAGCCACAUUUUGUUCCUGCACCUCUUCAAAACUGGCAGCUACCCAUUGUGGUGAAGAAUGUGAAAAUAUUUCAAAACAUGAUGGUUUAUUCAUUACAGUACAACAUUUAAAGCUUGUAUGCAUUCAUUCAUUAUAAAUAUAAAUGUAUGAUAAUUGCAAGCAUCUGAAAUGAUUUAUAGGAAAGUAAAGUGUUUACAUUAAAGCAUUUUGUAUAGGUUUUGGAGGUAAACACAUUUGUGGUCAUAACCAGCAAAUUAAUCAGUAUUAGGAGACGGUUUAUUGUAUACACACUAAUUCAGAUUUUUCAUGGACCAAUCUCUUAAUCCCCCAUGUGGAUUACCAAAAAUAAUUACAUUUACAAAUUACAAUGUGGGAGCAACCUAUAUGACUUGUGUAAGCCUCAGCAUAAUAGGGCCAACUGGUAUUGGUGGUGAAUUAUUUUAUGGCAAAAAAUGUGCUCUUGAAUGAGCACAAAAAAUUAGGGAGUCAAAAUAAAAAACAUCACACCCAUGAUAUAUGUGGCUGACUGACAAUUGCUCCCAUGAGUGAGAUUCAAUAGGUAAGAAUGUAAUAUUGAUCUUAUGUUUUAGUUUUUACGUACAGAUUUAUGGGUGUAAA